GGAGCGUGAAUUUAAUUCACAACCCCACCUCUGGACAGAUUGGAUCCGUUUGGGGGAUUUCGGUGGAGCUUUGUCUGCUUUUACCUUGCACGUAGUGACUGCAGCGGCAGUGGUUGGAGACAACCAGAAAAAUACUUCACCAUCAACAAUGGCCACCCUCAGCAUCUCAAAUACAACUUUUGCUCUGGAGCUGCUCCGCACCCUUAGCCAAAGAAACCCUACCGGAAACAUCUUUGUCUCCCCGCUGAGCAUCAGCUCAGCCUUAGCAAUGGUCUACCUGGGGGCCAAAGGAGAGACUGCUGCACAGAUGGCACAGGCCCUGUCAUUUAGAUCUGGUGAAUGUGUCCAUGCAGAGUUCCAAGCUCUUAAUGCAGACAUCAAUUCACCCUCUGCUUCUUACAUCCUGAAACUGGCCAAUCGUCUUUAUGGAGAAACGACUUCCCAUUUCCAAUCUCAAUUCCUUGAUACCACACAGAAGUACUAUAAUGCAGAUCUGCAAACUGUUGAUUUCAUCGGGGCUCCAGAGGCUUCCAGAGCAGAAAUUAACAGCUGGGUGGAGCAGCAGACAGAGAAUAAGAUUAAAGAUCUUCUCAAACCAGGAACUGUCAGCAAUAUGACAAGAUUGGCUUUGGUCAAUGCCAUCUACUUCAAAGGCAACUGGAAGCACCGCUUCAAUCCAGCAAACACCAAAGAGAUGCCAUUUAAAGUCAACCAGAAUGUGACGGAAACGGUGAAUAUGAUGUAUCUGAUGAAGAAACUGCCUUACAACUACAUCUCUGAGCUGGGUCUGCAAAUCCUGGAGCUGCCAUACAUAGACGAUGAGCUCAGCAUGAUCAUCCUACUUCCAGAGGAGCCAACUGACGGCACUGAGCCACUGCUGAAGCUGGAGAAGGAGCUUACACAUGCGAAGCUAGAUGAGUGGACCAACAGAGAAACCAUGGACAUCCACUCUGAAGUUCUUGUUCAUCUGCCAAAGUUCAAACUGGAGGAAGAGUACGAGCUGAAUGAACCUUUGGCUGAACUGGGUAUGACAGAUGUGUUUUGUGCUGCGAAGGCCAACCUUUCUGGAAUGAACGGCGAGGGAGGACUUUCCCUAUCCACAGUGGCCCACAAGGCCUUUGUAGAGGUCAAUGAGGAAGGCACUGAGGCUGCUGCAGCCACUGCUGGCAUGGCAGUUUUCUGUAUGCUGAGGGAGGAACACUUCACAGCAGACCAUCCCUUCCUCUUCUUUAUCAGGCACAAUAAGUCCAAUUCUAUCCUUUUCCUCGGGAGGUUCUCCUCUCCUCAGUAGAGACAACUCAAAUAAAAUAAAAUUUAAAAAUGCAA